AUGACUUCCCUCGAGACCACCAUCUCGCAAGCAGCCGCCAAGAACACCGAGCUCCUCCGCGUGCUGUCCGAAACGGACUAUGCCGCGCCGGCACUGGAACAACAAAAGCAGCUCAUCACAGACCUCGAGUCCGAAGCUGCCGAAAGCGACAAGCGCCUCUCCAUCAUGGACAUCAAGCGCGUGCGGGAGUUCAGCGACCACAAAGAAUACCGCGACUCGGUCCUCCGCCGCUUCCUCUUCAAAGCCGCCGGCCAGCGCGCCGCGUUCGAAGCCCGCGCCCAAAAGGAAGAAACCGAAUACUUCCAAGCCCUCCAAGCCCUCCAAAGCGAACAACAAGUCAACACCAACAUCAAAUCCCAGCUCACCGCCGCCCGCCAAGCCGCCACCGACCUCUCCGCCCAAGUCACCCGGCACACCACCGCGCAACAAUCCCUCGACCAGCUCUACGAGUCCAUCUUCAGCGGGCCCACCCCCUCCCUCCCGGGCGAAGACGAGCAUGAGCAGCGCGCCACCGCCGCGCAGCGCGCCUACCUGGAUGUCCGCGGACGCGCCGAGGCCGAGCAGAUGGCGGUGCGGCUGCUGGCGGGGGCGCAGCGGGGGAUGGCCAACGCGAGCAAGUCCAUGGAGCAGGCGCUGACGGCGUCGCGGCAUGAUAUGUGGGGGAGUGGGGGGUCGAUCGCGGAUAUGAUGGAGCGGAACGCGCUGCAGCGGGCGGAGGGCGAGAUGAUGGCGGCGCGGAUGCAGGUCGUGCAGGCGAGGGGAUCAAAGACGUCGGCGGCCAAGGUGCGGCAGGCGUCGACGCGGCUGGAUGUUAUGGCUGCUGAGGCUGGGGUGAGAGCGCGGGACUUGGAUGCUGAGUUGAAGAGGAGGGAGGAGGAGUUGCGGGAGGCGAGGGUGGCGCUGCAGAAGAUCCGGGAGAAGGCGUUUGAGACAUAUUCUGUGGCUCCUCCAGCGUAUUGA